GGGAGAGAAGGGCCGGCUUGUGGGCGGAACCGGAGCGCGGCUGAUCGUGAGGAGGAAUAGGAAGCCGGAGCAGGGAGGGGCCCUUUGGCUCUGGCUGUCGCUUCCUUGUGAACUGAGAGGCCGCCGCCGCCGCCGCCAUCAUCAUGGGGGGCUCCCGCGACGACGAGUACGACUAUCUCUUCAAAGUUGUUCUCAUUGGGGAUUCCGGAGUCGGCAAAAGCAACCUGCUCUCCCGCUUCACUCGCAACGAGUUCAACCUGGAAAGCAAAAGCACCAUCGGUGUGGAGUUUGCGACACGAAGCAUUCAAGUGGACAGCAAGACAAUAAAGGCUCAGAUAUGGGACACGGCAGGGCAGGAGCGGUACAGGGCCAUCACGUCUGCCUAUUACCGUGGCGCUGUGGGGGCCUUGCUGGUUUACGACAUCGCCAAGCACCUCACCUACGAGAACGUGGAGCGGUGGCUGAAGGAGCUGCGGGACCACGCCGACAGCAACAUCGUCAUCAUGCUCGUGGGCAACAAAAGCGACUUGCGCCACCUGCGGGCCGUUCCGACGGACGAAGCCCGCGCCUUCGCAGAAAAGAACGGCCUGUCGUUUAUCGAGACCUCGGCUUUGGACUCGACAAAUGUGGAAGCUGCUUUCCAGACCAUUCUGACAGAGAUUUAUCGCAUCGUAUCUCAGAAGCAGAUGUCAGACAGACGUGAGAAUGACAUGUCUCCAAGCAACAACGUGGUCCCUAUCCAUGUCCCCCCGACCACGGAAAAUAAACCAAAGAUGCAGUGUUGUCAAAAUAUAUAACAAGUUCCAUUCCUCGAAAGCUGUGUAUAUUCCCCCAGGCCUAAGAAGGAAAUAGAUCUUGAGUUCCCGUUGUCCUCUCUUUGGUUCUCUCCCCUUUCUGUUCCAUUUAUACCCGUUUUAUUUUUCUCCCUUGAUUUCUCCAUGGCUUAACUCUUUCUCCUUCCCUUUUAAUUUCAGUAUUAUGAAUCACCCAUAGUUUGCAUGUGGCUGCAGCAUUAUCAGAAUGCUAGUCCUGGCAGGGCAAAUUUUUAAAAAUCGUGACAGAUCUCCCUCCCAAGAAUGUUGGCUCACCAACAGAACUAGAUUAUCGCAAUUGGGUCACCCCUGGAAGUUUGCGCAUAUAAUUGACCUGAGUCUUUGAAAUCUCCUUUCCGACCUUAAUAUAUUAGAUGCUGCAUCUCUGCCUUCCCCAACCCAGGGCCCUCCAGAUGUGCUGGGCUACAGCUCCCAGAAAAAACUAGGCUGGAGGGCUCUAGGCUGGGGAAGGAGGCUGAAUCUCACGACACAGGCAGCCCGUGGCUGAUUUUGUGGCCCUCGGCAGCAUCCCACCCGUCGAAUGCACACGGUGUCUAGGAGAUGCGCGUAUUUCCGGCUGAGAACAGCCGUCGGCAGGGUGUCCCACUUCUUUAUCGGCAGAAUGGAUGUAGCCAUUCUGCUCAACUUGGCCUAAGGGAUUGCAAGUAGUACGUAACAUUCCUUGGAGAGCCAAAGACACUGCCCCUCUCUCCCUCCAUCUGUUAUGUCUCCCCACUCCCCCUCACCCCCAAUUGUCAAUAGCGUGGCUUCUUGAAGAUGGCUCACCAGAGCAACGCAGGUUGUAUUUCGGAAGAUUUUCAUCCAAUCGCAGCAAUCGGUUCUCCCUCUUGUACAAGCAACUGGGAGAUGGAUGACCUUGCAUUUCGUGGUGUAUCUUAGUGCGAAUUUAAUGCCGUGCAGUUGUGUUAAGGCCCGAAGGGCUGGCGAGGGGUGCCUUGUGUGGAAUAAGCGGGGCAGCAUCCGCUGGGUAGCCUGUUUGCUCUUCCCGCUUGUGCCUGUGGCUUGCAGUGCUUUGUGUGACUCAUGACUGGGCCUCUGGUUCGUUUGGCAUGUGGGCCCCUGCAACGACGCUUGCGCUCGUCCCCGGAAAGGCACGGAGAGUGCUUGGAGGCUGGAAUUAGGGCUUUUCAUUCUUCUAACAAAUGCUGUCCUUUUCCCCUCUACUCCCCUCAAAACUAGUUUUGGUUCUACUUUAGCCUAGGCAGGGUGGUGGGCUGGUUUUGUGGAUCUGGCGAGAGGCCCAUUCUAUUGCCAGCUGUUUGCCUGGGAGUGCUUGAUGCCCUUCUGCCCAUUAGGGCUUCCUCACUUAGGUAAAGAGAGGCCCAGUCCAUGCACACGACCACAAAUCGAAAGAGAGCUUUACGUGCAUUGGAACACCUGUGGAUUUUUAGAGCAGAUCUGUCCUGCGUUCUGUGCGCCUCUUCUAAAGUGCUGUUCAAACGGGGUGUUACACAGAGGUGUGAGUGCGGGCAUCAGCAUGGAGAGAAUUCUGUCGAAUUUGGAAAGCCGAGUUGAAACCAGACGGAUACAGCUCCCGGGGCCCCAGAGUUAGGGAGAGAGGAGAGGAAGGAAGUUUAUCGCAAAGAUGCCGCAGAGACCCAGACUGUGUCCUUUCCUUCCUGCCGCCCCCCCGAGGGCACGCACAGAGUGCUGAAUCUCUCAGCCAGCCUGUCGGUCUGUCUUGUGGUGCUCAUGACGUGUCAGGUACACAGAGGGCAUUGCUGUAGUCCCGUCACCUUUGUUUCUUGCUCUCUCUAAUGCUUAUCUGUUUCCACAGACAUUUUUUUCUGAUCUUUUUGUAAAUUGCUUUGUACUGUAUGCACAUUCUGUAUCUUGAAUAUUUUUUAAGGUUGAUUUAAAAUUAUUCAUUAUUGGAAUUCUAAUAAAGAAUUGCAGGGGACUGUU